GCUGUCGCCCCACUUUUUCCUCCGACGACCUGCCUUCCUGCCUGCCUUAGGCAUCAAGGCUGACGCCGGCCUCUCUUCUCUUGCCUUGGAAGCGAAGGCUCUCCAUGUCCAAUUGAUUUUCAGUGCUGGGUUGCCGUCCAAGCCAAGCGAUCUGUUUUAUUCCUUCUGAAUAGGUAGGUCGUUGGAAGGGGUGAUGAUGGGGCUCGGGCUCGGCGACCCGCCGGCGGACUACGGCUCGAUCGCCGCCGUGGGGCUCUUCGUCGCGCUCAUGUGCGUCUGCAUCGUCGUCGGACACCUCCUCGAGGAGAACCGAUGGAUGAACGAGUCAACCACCGCGCUCCUCAUUGGGCUCGGCACCGGCACCGUCAUCCUGCUCGCCUCAAGCGGGAAGCAGUCGCACAUACUAGUCUUCAGCGAGGAUCUAUUCUUCAUCUACCUCCUACCGCCAAUCAUUUUCAAUGCAGGGUUCCAAGUGAAGAAGAAGCAGUUCUUCCGCAACUUCAUGACUAUUACAUUGUUUGCUGUAGUUGGGACCCUCAUCUCCUUCAGCAUAAUAUCACUCGGUGCGCUGGGGCUAAUAUCAAGGCUGAACUUAGGUGCCCUUGAGCUUGGAGACUACCUCGCGCUCGGGGCAAUAUUCUCGGCGACGGACUCUGUAUGCACCUUGCAGGUGUUAAGCCAAGACGAGACACCCUUCCUCUACAGUUUGGUCUUUGGUGAAGGUGUCGUCAACGAUGCAACCUCAGUUGUGCUGUUCAAUGCAAUCCAGAACUUUGAUCUUGGAGAUCUCAGUACCCUCAAAUUCUUUCAAUUUAUUGGAAACUUCCUUUAUCUGUUUGGCGCCAGCACCUUCCUUGGAGUAGCUACUGGACUUCUCAGUGCUUAUGUAAUCAAGAAAUUGUACUUUGGCAGGCACUCCACUGAUCGUGAAGUUGCUAUUAUGAUGCUCAUGGCUUAUUUAUCUUACAUGCUGGCUGAAUUGCUUGAUUUGAGUGGUAUUCUCACAGUUUUCUUCUGUGGUAUUCUAAUGUCGCACUAUACCUGGCACAAUGUAACAGAAAGUUCCAGGGUCACAACCAAGCAUGCCUUCGCCACAUUGUCGUUCAUUUCUGAGACUUUCCUCUUUCUCUACGUUGGCAUGGAUGCGCUGGAUAUAGAAAAGUGGAAGAUUGUUAGUGAAACAUAUAGCCCAAUGAAAUCAGUCGCCCUGAGCUCCGUUAUUUUGGCCUUGGUGCUAGUUGCAAGAGCUGCUUUUGUUUUCCCACUAUCCUAUCUGUCCAAUUUGACCAAAAAAACUCCAGGCGAGAAGAUCUCUGUUAGGCAGCAAGUUAUUAUUUGGUGGUCGGGUCUCAUGAGAGGUGCUGUGUCCAUUGCAUUGACCUACAAUAAGUUUGCAAAAUCAGGUCACACUCAGCUUCCUAGCAAUGCUAUCAUGAUCACCAGUACAAUCAUUGUUGUUCUUUUCAGCACAAUUGUCUUUGGGCUACUGACUAAGCCAUUGAUCAGACUCCUGAUUCCAACGAGGCACCUCACGAGGGAAGUGAGCGCUCUUUCUGAACCAUCCAGCCCAAAGUCUUUCCUUGAACAUGUGAGUGUGGAUGGGCCUGACGCCGAUCUCGAGAAUGCCGUGACCAUACGCCGCCCGACGAGCCUCCGGAUGCUCCUGGCGAGCCCAACACGGUCAGUCCAUCACUAUUGGCGCAAGUUUGACAAUGCCUUCAUGCGACCGGUGUUUGGAGGUCGCGGAUUCGUCCCAUUUGUUCCCGGGUCACCCACAGAAAGUAGUGUGCCAUUGCUAGCCCCUGUAAGUGAAAACUAGACUGCACAGAAUAGGAAAGGGGAGAAAUCUGACAGGAACUGAAGUUCUGUAAAUUAGCUUGUGUGGGUAUAAUUGCUGUAAAUCUGAAGUAGAAGUGUUCUUAGUAGGUGCUGAUGUAGGCUAAUUACGUAACCUGUUUAUGGUUAUGUAUAUAGCACUGGUCCCUGCAAAUUAUACAUUGGUGUUCCGCAUGAUGAUCUGCCCUCUCAGAUUUAGCAAAAGGAAUCAAGCAAAAUUUUGUCAGCAA